AUGUCAACAGAUGUUUUAGAAAUAUUACGUGCGCCAGAAAUGACAAAAAUAUGUGCACCGAUGGUUCGAUACAGCAAAUUACCUUUUCGAUCACUCGUAAGACGAUACAACUGCGAUAUUUGUUUUACUCCCAUGAUCUUGGCUAACUCAUUUGUCCAAUCUGCUGAAGCAAGAGAAAACGAAUUCACAACUAAUUCGGAAGAUAAACCUCUAAUAGUACAAUUUGCGGCUAAGGAUCCUAUUGAUUUUGCUGAUGCAACAGAAUUAGUUGCACCCUACUGCAAUGGAGUAGAUUUAAACUGUGGAUGUCCUCAACGUUGGGCAAUGCAUGAUGGAUAUGGAGCAAGUUUAUUAGAAAAACCUGAAUUAGUCAAAGAUCUAGUACGCCAAGUAAAGAAUCGUAUUUCUGCUCCAUUUACAGUGUCUGUCAAAAUACGUUUAUUAAAAGACAUUAAAAAAAGUAUACAAUUUUGUCAAAUUUUGGAACAUGCUGGUGUAUCAUUUUUGACAGUUCAUGCACGAACACCACAAAUGAGAAAAGAACCAAUUGACUUAGAGGGUCUUAAAUUAGUUCGUGACUGCGUCAAGAUCCCUAUCAUUGCUAAUGGUAAUGUCAAGUCCCUAAGGGAAGCUGAACAUCUAUAUGAAGAAUCAAAAUGCCAAGGGGUCAUGGUGGCAAAUGGACUUUUAAAAAAUCCAGCACUUUUUACUGGUACUUCAGUAACCCCAAUCUCCUGUGUUCAAGACUGGCUUAAUAUCACAUCAAUUAUUCCUACCAAUUUCUUGACGUUUCACCACCAUCUCAUUUUUAUGUUGGAAAAAGUACUCCCCUAUGAUGAACGGAUGCUUUUUAAUUGUUUAAAAGAAGACAAAGCACAAAAUUUUAUUGAAUCUUACUAUGGAAUUAAACCGCAAUAUUCUCCUGAACUAGAAGAUUCCCUUCGUCCUACUACUUGUGAUUAUACCGCAUUUUUUCAAAUGAAACAUCAAAAGCCUAAGAAUAAUAUUUUAAUGUCUGGUGAUAAUGAUGACAAAACUCAAAUAACGGUCGCAUGCUAA